GCCUUAAGUGUUCCUCGUAUUGUAGGGAUUCAACUUAUUCACUCUUAGGAGCUUAGGAGGUUUCUCUAUCGUCAUGGCUGGAAGUUAUAAAAAUUUUAUGAAACUUUUGGAAUCGUGGCCGUUAGAUAAAAGCAAAGCUGGCAGCGACUUGGGACAGCACAUUCGUGACCAAUUGAGAAUUGCGUUUUCAAAGGGUGAAGCUACAAACCAACCGAAUUCUGAACAGUGUAAUCGAUAUUAUUCAAGUUUAAAAAAGAUUUCAUCGAAUUAUUACGGACAACUUUAUAAACGCUCUUUGUUAAGCACUGCAAGUGGAUUGAGUAGGGAGCACUGUAAUUUGGCAUUGACUCAAGAAAUACGAAAGUAUUUGUCAGGAGAGGAUAACGGAAUAUUUAAUAGGCUUCGUUGGACACUAAAAAAUAUUAUAAGAAAUGAUAAGGCUUAAGUUUACAUACUUUGCAAAUAAGUUUGGUAAGAAUAAACAUUUUAUUGAUAAAACAAACACAUUAGUAAAAAGUAAUUUACUAUGUUUAAUUAAUGUGAGGCAAUAUAGUUGUAAAUAUAACAUCUGUUCUAACAAAGAUCUUCAUGUACCUGUUAUGGCGCAAGAAGUAUUGACAUAUAUGGCUCCAUCGCCAGGCAAAACAUACAUAGAUAUGACAUUUGGUGCUGGUGGACAUGCUACCAAAUUAUUAGAACAUUCGCCUGAUAUAAAAAUAUUUGCAUUAGAUAGAGAUCCUUUAGCAUAUGAAUGUGCAAAGCAAUUAUCACAGAGAUAUCCAGGACAAGUAAUUCCUUUGUUAGGUAAAUUUUCUGAGUUACCGCAGUUACUUGAAUCAUACAACAUUAAAGAAAGUAGUAUAGAUGGUAUUUUGUUCGAUUUUGGUUGUUCAUCAAUGCAAUUUGAUACAGCGAGUAGAGGUUUCUCUUUAUCAAAAGAUGGACCAUUAGAUAUGAGAAUGGACGGGCUUCGAUGUCCAAAACAACUUACUGCCGCGGAUGUAUUAGAAAGAGCAACAGAGGAAGACUUGAUUCAUAUCAUAAAAGUUUAUGGACAAGAGAAAUGUGCUAAGAAAAUUGCACGUGCUAUUAUUGACGCUAGAUACAUGUUUAGAAAAUUAGAGACGACAAAAGAAUUAGCUCAACUAAUUGAAUCCACUUUAGAUGGUGAAAUUAGAAGAGAUAGUCUUGGCAGAUUUUCACAUAAUGCCACGAAAACGUUUCAAGCACUUAGAAUUUUUGUCAAUAAUGAAUUAAAUGAAAUCAAUUACGGUAUACUUCUCGCACAAGUAUACUUGAAACUAUCUGGUUGUUUAAUAACGAUUUCAUUUCAUUCACUUGAAGAUACUAUAGUUAAAAGACAUAUUUCUGGAAACAUAACAGAUAAUGUAGCUAAUACCGUGGCAUUAAAAUAUGCGCAUUAUGGUAAAACAUUUGAUAAGAACGAAUUUGAAAGAUUGACAAAAAUACCAUGGAAAAUGAUACAUAAGCAUGUUUUGACACCUACUGCUGAAGAAAUUGAAACAAAUCCGAGAUCGCGAUCCGCGAAAUUGCGUGCUAUUAUGAAAGUAAAAUAAAUAUGUACAGUGUAU